AUGCCCUCGGAAAAGUUCAGAAUCACCACUAAUGGUCAAUCCUUGAGAAAUCCAAACAAUGGAUUUUUCGGUAUGACUCUAUCUGCCAAUAUGACAUUAGAUGAAAGUGACGUAUCUGCUCACAAUGACAGAAGAUCUGCACAUAACGCCUUGGAACGACAACGCCGUGAACAUCUCAAUGUCAAAUUUCAACAGCUUGCACAUGCUCUUCCAUCACUUCAAACUGUUCGUCGACCCAGCAAGACAAUGAUUGUAGCAAAAUCUCUCGAAUUUGUUUCAUCUAGUCUAAAGAGAGAGACAACAUAUACCUCAGAGAUCCAAAAGUUACGUCUAGAGAACGAGAAGCUUAGAAAACAAGCAGAAGCAUCCAGCAAUCAAUUAAAGAAGCAAAUAGCUGAUCAGGACUCCACAUCUACUGAAUCUGAUCUUUCCUCCACUACCCCAUCUCCCAAGAAGACUACUGACAAUAACAACGACAAUGCUAGCAAAACAUCUACUUUAAUAGCCAAGGAAGAAGAAGAAGAACAAGUGAAGAUUUCUCGCAAACGAAAAGCUAAUGCUGUCUCUGACCCACAACUAUCUCCUCCACCUACCCCUGAGGCUAUGCGAGGCAACAAUAAGCAUCAUCCUGUUGUCGUUGCCACAUCUGUAGGGCAUCAACAAAAGAAGAAGAAGAUGGUCAAGCAAACAAAGACAUUGCCUGUUACUGCUACUCCUAUUACUGCUACGGUUAUGGCUACUGCUACUAGCGCUACCACUGUCUCCAGCCCAACAACUACCAUCCCUGUGAGUAACCAAACUCAAAACUUACCCGUGUAUAAUGUCACUGUUAGUGCUGCCUCUUUGCUAAAUACACCUGCUGCCUCUCUCAUCGACUCCCCCUGGUCACCUAUUGAUGAUGGUCAUCUACAAUCAUCCCUACUCACAACAUACCCUUCUACUACUAAUAACCAAGCUAAUAAUACCCACAACUACUUUGAUAUGACAUCUCCUUCAGCGCCAUCCAAUACCAACAUGUUGUACGAUUUAUAUGCUGAUAAUAUUCAUCCCAUGUUACUUGCACCUUACUAUAUACCAUCUGAAACAACAGCCGCAACCACAUCAGCCUCAAUCACAAGUCUUUACGCUAAUUAUCCUACUGCAAACAUAAACUAUCAUCAUUUCAACCAUCCACAACAGCCCCAUCAACGCCAUCAAAGCGGCGGUCAUCAGGGUCAUGAUUUCUACUUGUCUUGA